AUGUCGCCGGUGACAGAUUCUGAACUGCUCAAUAGGACCGGUGGUAGAUCAAAGGACCGUACCGACGACGAGAGCAGGACCCAGGCCCAGGCACAGGAACUCUACUAUGCCCGGAAGAUUUUGGACGACAUGGUGCAGGAAAGCACAUGUAGUAUCUGCUACGAACCGUUGUGUAGCAUGCACGUCACGCACUGCGGGCACAGUCAUUGUACACAGUGUAUCCGCACGCAUUUUAGAGAGAUGGGGGUGCCGAACGCUCCGUGCGACAAGAUCUACGCUCAAUGCCCGACCUGUCGAGUCGAGAUUAGCCUUGACGUGAGCAGAAACGGCCUUCUCAUUGUCCCUGUCACCAUUGCAGCAGAAAAUCAAUUGGUGCGCCUUCGCGAGUGGUCACAGCGGAGGAGGGCCCAGGACGACAAGCUGUUAGCCCAGGAUGUGUCCCUUUCCUCUUCGCGGGGUCGACUCGCCGAGGUCAUGGCCCGAGAAGACGAGAGACACACCUCAACGGCGGGUGCCAACACAGUCGCCUACGGUAAUAGGGUUCUCACACGUGAUCUCGAGAUAUCACAGAUAGCGUACGGCUGGGUACAGAAUGCUGCGCGGUCAAUGCCUACCAUAGGGAUGGCCUCGUCCUCCACAGAAACUCUGCUUCAACCAGUGGACUACCAGCCGGGUUACAUCCCAGUCGUAUACCACCGCCCCCCGCCUACUUCAUAG